CAGCAGUGUGCAAAGCAGGAAGUCCUAAAACCGAACAUACAGGAGACACCAAUUAAUGAGGAGGAUAUCAUUUGAACGUUUUAAACCGUUAUUCAGAGCUGAUGAGAUGGAAAACAUGGUGACAGACAGCAGGGAUGAACCACAGACAGACUUUAUCUACUGUUUUGGAGCCAACACAGAGGUCCUUAAAUUUGGCUCUUGUCAGUUAUAUUCUCGACACAAAAUUCUUUUUCUUAUCAUUCCAGGUAAUCCUGGUAUAGUGGGUUUCUACAGAACCUUCAUGCAAACAGUUCAUAGCAUGUUUGGCUACCGUCACCCAGUAUGGGCUGUGAGCCAUGCUGGCCACUGUGUACCUCCAGACUCCAUGGACAUGGUAGAAGAUGCUUCCUUGGCAGCAGACGGCGAUGUGUUUGGUCUGAACGCGCAGAUUGAACACAAGCUAGCCUUCCUCAGGAAACAUGUUCCAAGAGAAACCAGCCUGAUCUUGGUUGGGCACUCCAUCGGCUGCUACAUUAUUCUAGAGAUGAUUAAGAGAGAUCCUGAACUCAAGAUUCUGAAAGCUCUCAUGCUGUUUCCUACCAUUGAGCGCAUGGCUCAGACCCCUCAGGGGAAGGUCAUGACCCCUGUGCUGUGUCACAUGCGUUAUGUGGCCUACCUGCCUCUCUUCCUGCUUUCUCUGCUGCCUGACAGACUUAAAAGCAGCCUGAUUGGACUGGUUUUUGGUGGCAUUCACUCUCUGGAUCUCACUGUAGUCCAACCUACUGUAGCUCUACUCAGUGGAGACUGUGCAGCCAAUGCUAUGUACAUGGCUGGUCAGGAAAUGAAGAAAGUUCUGGAACGAGACAACGUAACUAUCAAGAAAAAUCUUGAAAAGCUUAUAUUUUAUUAUGGAACUACAGACCACUGGUGCCCUGUACAGUAUUAUCUUGACAUCAAGCAGGACUUCCCAGAUGGAGAUAUCAGACUGUGUGGAAACGGGUUCCGGCAUGCCUUCGUCCUCGAUGCAGGAAGAGAAGUUGCCAGAAUGGUGGUACAAUGGAUCCAGGGAGAUUUGAGGACAUGAGUUCUUUAAUCUUUUCAUGUAGUGAUGACCAUGAUGACACUCAGUGUCCAGACCUGCCACCAAUUUUCAGUGGCAAAGAUGGAUUUUAAAAAAAGCAGAGAUCAUGGAAAUAAAUUUAAAAUAAAUGUUUAGUGCGGGAAAGACAUCAAAUAGUAAUUUUAUAUUUAUAUAAUGAUGUGAUUCAGUUUGGGAUUGGAUGGAAAACUCCAAUCUGACAGGACAGCUGAUUUAAAGCGGUGGCACUCAUGUAGAACUUUUUGCUAUAAAAAUGAUACCAGACUCUGUGUAACAAAUAAAUGUAUUCUAUUAAAUAACUAAAUAGAGUGUUGUAUUCAGCAUCAUCCUACAAAGAUAAAGUAAGAAACAAUCAAAGUCACUUCUGUAGCACUGUUGGUAUGUGGCGAGUAUGAAUAUUUAAAUUCUUUUAUGUUGCCAUUUUGCACUUUUUUAUUUUAUGGUAUUUGUAUUUUAUAUUAUUUCUGAAUUCAUGCAUCUCAUUGUAAGAUGACUUACACAGCAUAUGAAAUGUUGAAAUUCAUCAUACAUGCCCUUUAUUUUUCACCUGUUGUAUUUCAUUGGCUGACAUCUUUCAUUGAUACUGUUCUGUGAAACAUCAGAGCUGCCUAUGAUUGUAAUGAAAUCUAACAUAACAUUUAGCAAUGUGUCAAUUGUAGGACUCAAAGCACAUCUUGAAAAAAUACAAACUAAAUAUACAUAAUACAUACAGUAUUGAUAACUACAGAAAUUGAAGCUUAUGAACAAAGCAAGACUCAAACAAAUAAUUUUUUUAAAGAAUUGAUUAAACUAAUUUCAUUUCCAACUGGUUACUAGUGGACUAAUACAUAUGACCUAACUUAUGUAUAUUAUUUUAAUGAUGAACUGUACUAGCUUGGAAUUGAAACACUUUGUUUUUCCUUUGCAGACAUUUUAACAACUAAUUUGCCAGAGAUUUGAUGACAAGCGGUUUAAUAAAGAAAGGAAAUAAAUAUUGUGAUUGCAUGACCUAUGGCUAGCCUUCUUAAAUGUGAUGUUAAUAUAUUCCAAGUUAUUUGUCAUGUCUGCCAACUGUCAACCUUCUUUUAGACGAUGAGACUAUUCUUCUCUGCAGUUAACGCCCCUGAAAACUUGGUUUUAAAGACAAAUUUUAUAGACAAAUUCUGUCCAACUAACAAUCUGAGCAACCAACAUUCUUUGUCCUAAUGACAUCCACAGCUGUCCACCACCAUGUCCUCAUACUGCUUAUAGACCACAUUGUUGCCCGAGGCAAUGUAGAAAAUGCUGAUUUCACUGAGCUUGGAAGGGACACGGGAACUGGGUGUACUGUUAUCUGGAUUCACAGAGUUCAUGAGGCACUGGAUGACGGUGUAGUUGGUGGGCUCCAGGUGGGAGCGCAGGGGGGAAGUCGCAGACCCCAUCGCAGUGUUGUGCCUUAUAGCACCUUCGAUGUGAUCUUUAAAGAUCACAUGGAAGGGUUUACGACUGCAGUGGUUACUCUUACGUCAAGUUUUCCCUCCAGUUCCUCCAGCUGCUGCUCACUGCCCAAUCCCACCAAAUCACCAAUUAGACAACGCUCUUUGGCGGUGCCGCCUGUUCUUCUUUUCAUGUUUUGGACUAGGUUUGAGAGGCUUAGGGAGCUUAAAUCCACUUCGCUCAUUCUUCAUCUUCUGCGUUAUCUCUCUAUGUGAGAAAGCCACCAGCAAAGCUUUGUGCUGCGGCAGCCUAGCAUGGCGACCCAGCCCCAGGAGUAGUGGAUCAGUCACUUUGUUGUUCAGUUCAGACAAGGCCACAAGGUAGUAGCAGGCUGGUGGUGGUUCUGUUGGAUUCCUCAGAUGGGCCUUCAUGCUAGACCACACAUCAGACACAUCCCACCUGGGGAGACCGCCAUCCAAAACCUCCACGGUUCUGGAGUUCAGGAACUGUCUCUGAAGCCCCCUCAGGGGAACAGGAGUACAGACAGAUGUAAAUUUCCUCUAGUUGUUAGGACAGUCGGGGUCUACUACAGGUUUCCUCAAGAAGAUUUUCGUCAGCUCUGCCUCCACGAGCUCAUCCAUCUUGGACAGGCUUGACAAGUCAAACAUGUAACGCUGAACGCUCUCACAUGAUGGAAGAUCUGUGGAGGAAGAGGUAGGUAGGAUAUAGGUAGGAUUUCAGAAAUGCAGGGAUUACAAGUUCAAAUUUUUCCCCAACCCCCAAAAAAGGCUUUGACAUUCUAUCUAAAGAAGUCUAUUCUUUGAUCAUUUGUAUUUUCUGUAAAUUUUAUCUCCCAACAUGAUGGACUAAAUUGAUAUUUCUAAAACAUUUUUAAACUAUGGGACUCCACUGUGGCUUUUUCCAUGGAAAGCAUGUUGGAUUACUAUGACAACUGGACAAUGGAAACUGUCAUAUUGUUGGUUGCAGCAAAAGUGCAGCCAGUAUUGAAUGGGGUUUUGUAAUGUGGUGAUUCUGCUGUGUAUUGCUUAUUUUUGUCGUUUUUAAUGUUUGAAAAUGUAACA